AAACCCUUCCUCAUAAAAAACACUUCCUCACACACCGCACGGCUCUACUGCUGCUGCUGCUGCUGCCAGAUGAAAACCAAACAGUGCCCGGCCCACUGGCGAAAUCAACUUCUCUCUUGCAUAUUUUCUGUACAGUAAUCACUCCAAAACCGGAUAUGCUUCUUCUGCGGGGAGAAAAAGCAAAGCGUCCGAGGAGCAUACAAUGAGAGAGGCGCGGCGGCGGAGGCGCAGGAUAUACGGAUUGAAGCGGAGGAACUGUUUCUGCUUUUGUUUUUCAGGACGACAUACGGGCAUCAUGAGCGGAAUGAAAGUUGAUGAAGACGAGAGAACAGAUGGUUAAGCUUUCAGUCCCCGCAUCUACUGAGCAGCUCCUCACAGCGACUUCCUAUCAGACUGGCUGGAGGUGCAGCUGCUCCAGAGAUGCCGCGCCCCCAGGGCAUACUGCUCUGCCUGGGCAUGCUGCUGAUGACUGCAGGGGGGGUCAUUGCUCUGUGCAUGGACAUACCCCCCUACCACUCUGCUGCAGUAUUUGUCGGACUGUUCCUGGGCCUGGGGGGUGUGGCCAUGAUGGUCAGUGGACUCUGCAUGGCAAUGAAGAAUCUCCAGGUGGCAGUGCCUGGACACCACCUCCUGCACCCCCGCACAGGCACGCGCUUCAGCCCACAGCAGGCCCUGGCUAUACAAAGGAGGUUGGACCGAAUUCGUCGAGAGAUGUCAGAGGACACCAGAGUGCCGGAGCCUGAACCCUCCCUCCCAUCCACCCCUCCGCCCUGGACUAUGGAGCCGCCUCCAUCCUAUGACACAGUGAUGAAGAGCCAGGAGCACAGCGAGCCGGACAUCUAUGCUUUGUGUUAGUGCCUUUUAUCUACGGUUCUCAGCGGGAACUUUGAAUGAGCAGUGUUAUGAGGUACUAUGGAUGAAGGGGCCUCUUCUGCGCCUUGAGGCAGCCACCCUGAACCCAAACACAAGUCAAGAAGCAGGAAGAGACUGCAGCUGGUUAAAGGCUUAAUAUUUGUACAGACAGAGCCCCAGUGUCACCUCUGUGUCUACUAAACAUGUGUUGUGACUAAUUGGGAAAGGAAUUGAAAUGAUCACUCCAACUGCUCCGCUCUCUAAAUGAAGGGCCUUUCUUGAAACCAGUAUAAUGUGACUUUCACAACCAAGUUAAGGGUUUCAUGUCAACAAUUAGGAUAUUUGAUUGGCCUGCUUGAAUUGUAUGUGACCUACUACUGUGUCUGCCCAGCACUCUUCUCCAAACACGAUAAGAACUUUUCUCACAGCUCCUCUUUGUAUCUGCACUCUCUCCUGUCAUAACUUUGCUCAAGGAUCAUUGACAGCAAUUACAAUGCAAAGUGUCUUAACCAGUGACGACAGAAUGUCAACAGUUCAGCUUUGUGUCCUGUGUUUGCAGAAUGUCCAGUAUCAGUUCUAUGUUGUGAUGUUACUAUAAACUUGCGUUAAUGAACA